CUUGUCGAUCGCAUCUGCAUCAAGAACAUGCCCCCUACGGAGUGAACUACGGAUCUCUGCGGUCGAACAUCCCAUUAUCCCGUCUUCUCAAGGAUGCGCUCGCCAUGCCGCCAACCGCCCCACCGCCCCAGCGCGACUCGUGGUUUGCGCCCCUCACGAUCGAUCUCAUCGUAAAGGUCUUGAAGACGAGUUUCUUCCACCCCUUUGUCGCAUGGAUCAUCCCGCUCUGCUUCCGCGCCCAGAACAUGUUCUGGGACGCGCCGCCCAUGCUGGUGUCGAUCGCCUGGGCUUCAUUCAUUACCCUCUGCUGGAUCGCCGGGGUCAUCAAUAACAGGAUAGCGUUCGGCCUGCCGCGCGAGGUCGAUCUGAGCGAGGAGGUCAUCGUCAUCACGGGCGGCGCCAGCGGGCUGGGCCUCCUGCUCGCCGAGGUGUACGGGAUGCGCGGGGCCACCGUCGCCGUGCUGGAUGUGGCUGAGAUGGAAAACGGCGAGGCCCGCGGCGUCACCUACUACAAGUGCGACGUGACGGAUAAGGACCAGGUCGCGCGGGUCGCGGCCGAGAUUGAGAGAGAUCUUGGUACCCCCACGAUCCUAAUCAACAACGCGGCCGUCGUCGUCGGCAAGCCCCUGCUCGAGAUGUCCUUCGCCGAGAUCGAAAAGUCGCUCUCGACCAACCUGCUGAGCCACUUCUACACCCUCAAGACCUUCCUGCCGGCCAUGGCGUGCAACGAGGCCGGCGGUACCGUCGUGACCCUCUCGUCCGUCAUCGGCACCGUGGGAGCCGCCCAGCUGACCGACUACGCGGCAGCCAAGGCGGGCGUCUCGGCGCUGCACCGCUCGCUCGCCGCCGAGCUGCGCCGCUCCCACCCGCGCAUCCGCACCGUCCUCGUCACCCCGGGCCAGCUGAGCACCCCGCUCUUCCACGGCGUCCGGACCCCCAACCGCUUCCUCGCCCCCGUCGUCGAGCCCGUCGACGUCGCCAAGGAGGUCAUCGCGGCCAUCGACAGCGGCCGCAGCGCCGCCAUCGCCAUACCCCUCUACGCCAGGUGGAUCGACUGGUACAGCGUCCUCCCCGCCGGCCUGCAGGCCAUCGCGAGGCGGCUGGCCGGCGUCGACACGGCGAUGCAGACGUUUGUGGGGAGGGCGGGGUCGGGAGGGGAGAGGAAGGAGGGCAAAGGGGACGUGUUGAUACAGGCGUUUUAGAGUUUAAAGUUCUAGAGAUGGAGAGGAGGCGUCAACGCUGGCGCUGGCGCUGGCGCUGGCGGUGAGCGCUGAGCGCUGGAUCUACGCCCUUGGAGGAGUUGUGUAAGAGUAGAAGGGAAAAAAAGAUGGAUGUAAUUGUAGGUCGAGAAUGAGCAUGUCUGACACGCGGAUACUGCUCGUGUUUACUGUAGCAGAUGGGUGGCGGAAUCAAGUAUCAUAACCUUAAUCGAU